AUGGCUACUACAAUCCUACAAGGUUCCGCGGACUGGAUACCUUGGUACGCUGCCAAACGACGAUACGCUACGAUCAAGGGCGUAUGGCAGUACUGCGAUCCUGAUUCAGCUACUCCGUCUCCACCACCUGUUGCAGAGCCAUCUGAUGAGGCCUCAGCGGACAAGUGGAAGAUCUGGGAGAUCAAGUCUAAACGCCAGGAUCAGCUUACGACGCUCCGAAAGCAUUUCAAGGUCACAGACCAGCAGCGCAGGCUAGAGCUUGCUGCCAAGUACAGCGAUAUUCAGAAGAAGCCAAAGAACCAGAGCACCCAGGCCUGGCUGGACGAAUACUCGCAGAUCACAUCUCAAUGUGCUCAGGAGAGCAUGCCAGAGAUGACAGAGACCCGAGCACAGUGGCGAUUCAUCCAUGCUGUACGGGACUUAGGAGAUGAGGCAUGGGCUCAAGCCCAGUUCCUCGCCAUGGAGCAAGGCGAAUCAAAUGCCCUUCUGCCAACUCCUACCCUGCAGGAUUUGAUCAGCCAGUAUCAACGAACAGUACCUACAGCCUAA